AUGACAGCACAGGCGUACAACCUUUGGGUCGGCGGCCAGGAGAAACCGGGACAUGCAGAGGGGAUCCCGGUUGAAGACCCCGCGACGGGUGAGGUGUUUGCCCACUGUCACGCGGCGUCGCCUCAAGAUGUCGACGAAACCAUCCGCCUCGCGCACGACACUUUCAAGGCCGGAACGUGGUCCAGGCUGCCGCGCCACGUCCGGGCCGACGUCCUCGACAGGACGGCAGAGCUCCUGACGGCGGAGCUGCCCCAGCUGAUCCCCCUCGAGGUGCGCCAGACAGGACGCGCGAUACGCGAGAUGCGCGCGCAGGUGCCAACGCUGGUCAAGUGGUUCAAGUACUACGCGGCGCUGCUGCGCACCGAAGAGCGCGCGGUGCUGCCGACGGUGGGGAAGCUGCACAACUGGGUCGACCGCGUGCCGCUGGGCGUCGUGGUGCAGAUCACGCCCUUCAACCACCCGCUGCUCAUCGCCGUCAAGAAGCUGGCGCCCGCCCUCGCCGCGGGAAACAGCGUCGUCGUGAAGCCGAGCGAGCUGACGCCCCUCACGACGCUGCUGCUCGGCGGCAUCCUCAAGAGGGCGGGCGUGCCCGACGGCGUCUUCAGCGUGCUGCCCGGCUACGGCGCCACGACGGGCAGGUCCCUCGUCGAGCACCCGCUCGUCCGCAAGGUCGACGUCACGGGCGGCACGGCGGCGGGCAGGGCCAUCGGGACCAUCGUCGGCGGCAACCUGGCGCGGUACACGGCGGAGCUGGGCGGCAAGGCGCCGCUGGUCGUGUUCGAGCAGGCCGACGUCGACGUGGCCGUCAAUGGCAUCGCGUUCGGGUCCUUCAUCGCCAGCGGCCAGACGUGCGUCGCCAGCACGAGGAUCCUCGUCCAGGAGAGCAUCCUGCCGGGCGUGCUGGAGAAGCUCAAGGCCAAGGCCGAGUCCAUCGCGCGGCGGAUGGGGUCGCCGAGCAACGAGGCGUCCAUGAUGGGCCCGCUGAUCUCGGCGAAGCAGCUGCAGAACGUCGAGGCGCUCGUCGAGGAGGCGGUCGCCGGCGGCGAGGGCGCAGCGUUCACGGGCGGGCGUCGCAUGUCUGGGACGAGCAGCCUCGACGGCAUCGACUUUGGCAAGGGCUACUUCUUCGAGCCGACGGUGCUCGUGUCGGCGGGGGGCGGUGGUGACAUCCUCAAGACGCGCAUCUGGCGCGAGGAGGCGUUUGGGCCGGUGGUGGUGGUGGCGCCUUUCCGGACGGAGGACGAGGCCAUCGCGCUUGCCAACGACAGCGACUUCGGGCUGGGGGCGGGCGUCUGGACGCGCGACGUGGCGCAGGCGUUUCGGGUGUCGGAGCAGAUAGACGCGGGCAUCGUGUGGGUGAACACGCAUCACCGAAACGACCCCAGCAGUCCGUGGGGCGGCGCAAAGAGCGCGAGCGGCGUCGGCAGCGAGAACGGCGUCGAUGCGUACCACGCCUACACGACGACCAAGAGCACCAUCAUCAGCUUCGCGAGCCCGGACGAGGCGCUGGCGGUGGACGACUGGUUCCGCGAGGGGGCCGGCGAUGUGCGGUACGGUUAG